UCAGUUGCAAGAAAGCUCGCCAACCGCGCGGUCAACGGAGACUGGCUGAGCUGAGCGGGCGCUUUCUCUUUUAUUUUUCUCCAUUGACGACGCUGCGUGCGCGUCGCAUCUCUCCCGCAAGAAACGGCAACAACAAUAAGCACUGCGCGGUGCAUAAAUAAAACAAACGAAAAUAUAUAAUUGUUAGCCGGGAAUUUAUGCAAAAUACACAAAAAUAAACAAGACAAAAAAAGCAAACUAGUGAUGACAGGCAAAAGUUAUAACAGUACUUAAAUCGCGGCACAAGAACGUAAACACAAAGUCGUGUGUGCAAAUUCCAUGGGGAAAAAGCUAAGGAAGGAAGAGGAAGCAGCAGUGUACAAGAAGUACAAGAACAACAACAUGAGGACGCCGACGUCGAAGCAGACAGCGACUGCGACGCCGGCAGCGGUAGCGGCAAGACAAUUCGAAUAUCUUUGGAUGCUGUUAGACUAACGGUGCUUUAGUGGUUGUUCUACAUAACCGCGUCUAUGUGUGUAUGUGUGUGUUUGUGUGUAAAGCGGAAAAGCAGCAAAAACUGAAUGUGCAAGCGAAGUAGCAAAGCAGUGGAAAAUAAAAGCCAUAAAAUAUUGCAAAAAGCAGCGGAUCGGUGAAAAGCGUUAACCGAAGCCAAGGAAAAAAGUAAAAAAAAAACAAAAACAAACAGCCAAAACAACAAACAUCAAAAGUUGCCAACUUUUUUCUCUUGCGACCGCAGCAUCCGAAGAAGCAGCGGCGUCAGCAGCGACGCCCGACUGCAGCCAGCGUCGCGCUGGCAACAACAAAUUGCGAUGCCUGGACUUGUGGUCUUCAGACGUCGCUGGUCUGUGGGCUCUGAUGAUCUCGUGGUGCCGGGCGCAUUUCUCCUGACGAUUCAUUUUAUAUGUUUUGUGAUUGUUAGCGUCUCGUUGGUUAUCUUUGAGUAUAAUACACGAAUUUUAAGCGUAAAAUUAUUGUUCUAUCAUCUAAUAGGCUACUUGUUGAUACUAUUUUUUUCAAUAUGUGUAGAAAUAGGUAUAUGUGUGAUCUCGAUGCGUGGCAGUAUUCUGGAUGCCGAGGCGCGCACCUCAAUCAACAUUUGGAUAUAUCUCAAGAGCUUGGUUAUCCUGUUCGAUAUUGCCUGGCUGGCGGUGGGAUCCGUUUGGCUGGGGCAUUACUACACCACUGCACCGAUCGAUGAUCCCAAAAAGGUCUACAUAGCAAUUAUCAUCUGCAAUUGGGCUCUGGUGGUGAUCACCCUAAUCACGAUAUGGUGCACCUUCGAUGCUGCCGGAAGAUCCUGGGUAAAGAUGAAGAAGUACCAGCGAUCAAUGCGCGAAACAGAGUCUCGGUUUAACUACAAGCGGAGCAACAGUAUGAACCGCAACUGGCGACAAAGGAAAGUGAUGCGAGCCUACCAGGAUAGUUGGGAUCAUCGCUGCCGCCUGCUAUUCUGCUGCAUGGGCUCCUCGGAGCGCAACCGAAACUCAUUCACGGACAUCGCCCGUCUGCUGAGCGACUUCUUUCGGGAGUUGGACGUGGUGCCGUCGGAUGUGGUGGCCGGAUUAGUUCUGCUUCGCAAGUUUCAGCGUCUCGAACGCGAGGCCAUUGUGAGGCAGCGCAAAAAUGGCACCUAUGAGUUCCUCAGCGGCGUACCGAUUACGGAGCGAACCCAGUUCCUAGCACUCAACGAUGCCAAAAACUAUGACUUCUUUCAAACGGUCAUCCACUAUAUGUACUUUGCCCAGGGAGCCUACGGUUGGCCCAUGUACGUCAUCAUCAAUCGCAGCAAGAUGUGGCAUUUGGUGCCGGAACUGAAAUGCUUUGGCUGCUGUUGCGGUACAAGUGAUGAUACAGAGGUUAUCCAGGACAAUUGCUGCCUGUGCAACUAUGCAGCGCUGAAGAAGACGCUCCAGCUGGGCGACAUCGAUAUCGUUUACGCCACCUAUCACGUGGAUGUGGGCGAGACGCCCUUCUUUGUGGCCAUCGACUAUACACAUCGGGCGGUUGUGAUCAGCAUACGUGGUACCCUUAGCAUGAAGGACAUACUUACGGAUCUGAACGCCGAGGGCGAAGUUCUGCCGCUGCAGCCGCCGCGUGACGAUUGGCUGGGCCACAAGGGAAUGGUGCAAGCGGCGAUCUACAUACGCAACAAGCUGCAGGAGGAGAAUCUCAUCGAGAGGGCACUGCAACGGAAUCCGGACCGUCAGACGCACACCUUUGAUCUGGUGCUGGUGGGCCAUUCGCUGGGCGCCGGAACAGCGGCCAUACUCGCCAUUCUCCUUAAGCCCGAGCAUCCAACGCUCCAGUGCUUCAGUUACUCUCCGCCAGGAGGUCUGCUCAGUAUGCCAGCCGUGGAGUACUCAAAGUCGUUCAUCACCUCGGUGGUGCUGGGCAAGGAUGUAGUGCCGCGCAUCGGUCUCAAUCAAAUGGAGGCCCUGCGAGCGGACCUUAUCAAUGCCAUUCAGCGCAGCGUGGAUCCCAAGUGGAAGACCAUUUCCUGCUCGGUCAUCUGCUGUGGCUGUGGACCCGAACCCACUUCCGUGGUCAACAUGUCCGGCCAGGACACGCACAUCAAUCAGUACCAGGAGGAGCGUGGCACUGCCCGUUCGACCAGCGCUCAUCCGACGGACAGCUCGAUAGCUUUAACUCUGCACCAGCCCUUAUAUCCGCCCGGUCGCAUCAUUCACAUAGUGCGACAUCAUCCCAAGCCCGACGAAAAUGUUCUGAAAAAUCGGGAGCCCGUAUAUCAGGCAAUCUGGGCCGAUUCCACGGACUUCGAUGAGGUGCUCAUCUCGCCGGUGAUGCUGCAGGAUCACAUGCCCGACAAGGUUCUCGCCGCCCUCAAGAAGGUCGUGUCUUGUAGAGAUCGAACCGUAAAGGCAUGUACCACUCGUAGACGUAAUGAUAACACGACAAUAACUACAACUACAACAGUUACAACAACAACUACGACAACACAAAAUACAGAUACCAGGUACAGCCGCCCGCCUUCUAUAUAAAUUUGUUAUCAUUAAACAAAAGACUAAACCAACUUUCCAUUUUGCUCUCGUUAAAACCAAACAAAAUUUUUAAAUAUGUCAACCGAAUUACAAGUCUCUCUCUCUAUCUCUCUCUAUGUAUAUUUCUCUCUCCCGCUCUCAACCUAACCUCAAACAAUAAAAAAAAAAACCAACAACCUAUCCAAUUUUGUAAACUAAACUCUCUAAAUGUAAUCGUACUCGCUGUGUAUGUACAACGAAAACCAAUAUCGAUAUUGUGUCUCGCACCCGUAAGCUCCCACCCACCCUCAAACCACACCUCACCACAGCGAACUAUCGAACCAUUAGCAAUUCUACCCACAUCCUACUCGCUUAACUUUGACGUAACUGUACUUAGUCACUCCACUUCACUCGCUAACUGCAUCUGCUACUGUCUCUUUCCACUCUCGCUCAUCUGUGAAACUGUACAUACAUGCAUCCCACUCUCGCUCGCAACAUCUACUCGUCUCUUUCUGCAUUUAUAUGUAACCACCAGUUGUGAAGAUCAGGAUUAAUUGAUUGCUUGAUCUGUUUCGAUUAUAGAUUAGAGAAAAUAACUGCAGUCGAAAAAAAAGGGUAUAAAUGCCAACCAAGAAGAAAACAAAAUAUAUAUAUAUUACGAAAUCAGACCUAUCAAUCAAUCAAUCGGUUUAACAUUUCAGUAGGACCACAACAUAGAUCUAAGUUAAAUGAUCAAGUACAAUCAAACACUGAUCCCCACCACUCUCGCUACUCGCCUUUAGGUUGUAACAACGAGUGGGCCACGCAAGCCGCAGCGCCAGACCUCGAAUGCAUUCUCCACCGGAUCGAACGAAGCAGCGCACGAUAUGGACCUUGAACCGCCGCAUUGUAGCGGCCACAGUGCGCCGACGGAUGCCAUGAGAUUCGAGACGCGAACCGAUCCCGGCCAGAUGCAGAACUCGAUGUCGCAGUCGCAACACUGCAAGCGACUCUCGCAAAGUUCCUACACGAACCUGAGCAACUGCCUCGUCCUGACGCCGACCGCCCAGCACAAGCUUUGUUUGGAGACGUCAUUCACCAACGGAUCGACACCACACCAGUCCGGUGUACAGCCAAAUCCGCGGCUCACGUCGGCGGCCUCGUCGCUCCUGAGCUCGGCAACCACGCCGUAUGACAUAUCAAGUGCUCUGGACGACAGCCUGGCCACAGUGGCGCUGCGGCAAAGCCCCUCGCUGAUUAGCGCUGAGACGACGGCUACAGUGAUUGUUAAUCCGGAACCGGAUGCUGAGGAGAUUGCCAUACCACAACGGCUCAAGGCGGUGGCCUUCGAUAUGGCGCUCACUCCGCCGCCAACGCUGCCGGAGAGGUCCAUGCUCGGUCGUCAACACUCCGAGAAAAAGCCACGUUCUCUGCCGCUGGCCCAAGUCCAGGCCCUUCGUAGAGCUUCGGAUGCUGGUGCGGUACCUGGAGUGGAUUUACUGCACGACGACUGGUAUGGCCUGGCCCCACUGGCCAGUCCCGAAACGCUGUCCGAGAUCUCGAGCGUCUCCUCGCGAACCAGCGUACCCAUUAGCCUGGCCAACAGCAUUGAGCGCUAUCUGCAGCACAUGGGCGUGGGCGUUGGCGGUCCGAAGGUGCCACUCGAGGACAUCUUCGAGUCGCAGCUGCAUACGCCCAAGGUUAUGAGGCGGGCGCCCAAGUUCAGCGAGAAUCUUGCUGGCUGUGCAGAGGACACCAGAAAUCUGGAUCAGUACAAACGGCUGGGUCGUGUGUUCAUCACCUUUCCGCGCAUCUUUCCGGAUCAAUCGCCAGCGGCGCAUAGUCUGGACUCCAGCGACGAUAGCUUUGAGUCUGCGUCGGCCCACAGCCUACAGAGAUUGCAGCUGCCGCACGGUGCCAAUGCGGUGCAGAGUUCCAAGUCCGCCGAUCCGCUGGACGGGGAUCCCGAUGCGACGAGGCAAACGCAGCCCGCCAAGAAGUUGACAUUCAGCGAUAGCGAUAUCCUGACGGACGCGGACUGCCUGCGACUGUGUCCACACUGUCCCUGCGAUCGGGAUGUCCAGCGUGGCUGCUGUACUCGCUCGGAGCACGGGAAGUGCGGCACAGAGAUUUCCGGGGGUUGUGGUGGUGCCGCCAUGGGAUUGGGCUCCACAGAUACUAGUUUCUACAGUGCCAGCUCAUCGCUGGAACAGUUUGCCACACCGGCUCGGCAGAACGGUGGCACUGGGGCGUCUGGCAACCACCUGGAGGAGAUACUCAUACGGCCCGGCGUGUUGGAAUCGCAUUUUCCCGUUCUUGGCGGUGGCAGCGCGAUAGAGACACCGGCUUUGGUGGCCCCAGCCUCACCAUCGCCGCUCAGCAAUGGCAAACGACCGGAUGUGGUUGGUGGCCGGGUGAGGAAACGGCUCUCGUCCGAGGAGUUCGUCUUCUCCCGGAGCGAGGAUCUGCCUAGCCUAGUACAAAUCGGUGAUAGGUGUACCGGCUCUCCGGCGGGACGACGUCGGGCCAAGGGCUGCGUCUAUCCGGCCGGGAAUAGUCUCCGUUUGGACGCUGCUGCCGCUGUCGCCUCCGCUUCCGCAUCGCCCACGUCCAUUAGUAAAUUUACCCGCACGCGCGUGGCCGCCGGAGGAUUGGCAGCCAAACAGGCUGCCGGCAAUAACGAAAGUAACGUUUAAUAGUUGUAAGUUGCAAGCAGUACCUUCACCUGGACACACAGAUGCGAUUUCAGCCCAAAGUCGACAAUUAUGCCGUUGCCAUUGCUUUCACACAAGCGAUACAUACACAAAACCAGUUGAUUACAAAUUAAAGGAACUCACAAGGAAUCUAACAUUUUGCAUACCGAUUACCUAAGGAACAACAUUUAGCAUUAACACACAAGCGUUUACUAUUAACUAAAUGCAAUAUGUAUAUUUAUAUACAGAUAUAUAAAUAUAUAUUUUUUUGUGCAGCCAAGCCCCAAGCGACGAGAAAUUUUAAUAAAACGUUUUAAAAAAUG